AUUUAAAACAACAGUCUGCGACUUUCAAAUUCUUGUUUGGCUCGUCAGGCUUUUGCUUGGUACUUAUCCGUGUGUUGUUGUGUUUGACCGUCCAGCGCCUUUUUAAGUUGUGUUACAACUCAAAAUUAUGCCAGUCGCUCCCAAUUUAUAUGGAAGAACGUCCCAGCCGUCUUGUUUUGACAAAGUUAAAUAUGGAUUUCUAAUGGGAUUUUGCGUUGGUGUAGCAAGCGGUGCUAUAUUCGGUGGAUUCAGUUGUCUAAGAUACGGUUUACGUGGACGUGAAUUAAUUUACACUGUUGGCAAAGGUAUGUUUCAAGGUGGAAGUACUUUUGGUAUGUUCAUGGCUGUAGGAACUGCUAUCCGAUGUUGAUAAAACAUAUUUUGACGUCUUAUCACAGUCACUCCUCCUCCUUCUGCAUUCAUCCGCGUCAAUUUUUCUUUCAUUAUGCUGGAAUAAACCUUUUUGUUACGACUAUACACGGACGCAUAACAGUUUCAGCAUCCCUCUAAUCAUUGUAUGUUCCAACUACUCACAAGUUUUUUAAAAUGUAUGUUCGCAAAUUAGGAACCAAUUUUAUACUUGAAAAAGAAAUAGUGUAUGUGUUUAUUUUUUCUCUGUCGCUGCAGUGUUUUCUCUAAGUUUAUAAUUGAUUCAUAUACAUGAAUAUGCAUACAUAUAUACAUGCAUGUUAGUGAUUAGAAUUAUUACUUUGUUCUAAUUCAUUGUGAAAUAAAAAAUGUGCUCAAAGUUGGAGAAAAAAGUUGUAUGUGU